GGCACAGCUGUCAGGCUGCGUUGGAGGAGGAAGCAGGGGGCGGAUGGCAGGGAGGAUUUCCCUCCUCAGCCGCGAUGGGCACGUUUCAUUUCCAUUCCUGCCUCUGCUGCACACAGUCGGAGGCAAGCAGCCGCCACGCUGGUGCCAGGGUCACCGUGACGCAAAGCCCCCACUUCAGUGAGGCACGAAGGGACCCUGCGGGGACACAGGAGCCCCCCGGCACCCCCCAGCCACGCCGCUUGGGCCCAGCUGCUUGGAUUGUGCUCGCUGCAGCCCACGUGCAGACCCCGUCGCAGCUCGUGGCCCCUCGGAGACAGCCAUGGAGAGACUGCACGUUAUCGUGGCCGGCGUCUGCAUGCUGCUGCUAUGCUGCACGCCGGGGCUCCUGCUUUCCCAGCUCGUGACUUUUCAUCCAUCAGCAUUAAGCAGACGCGAAGGGGAGACCGCCUCCUUCUUCUGCAACAUUUCCAGGGGAAACUUCCAUGCAUUGGAUGAUAACUUGAACUGGUACAAAGCGACCAAUGGCACCCAAUCCCUGAAAAUUGCUGGGCUUCAAGGGAAUAAGAAAGACAUCAAGACAGCAAAAUACCACCUCAUCAACCACACGUCUGUGAUUGAGAUGAAGCUUUUGAACCUGCAGAAGAAUGAUACGGGCUUUUACUUUUGCGGGCUGAUAACUUUCUCUCCAUCUCACAAAGUGAUAGAAAGCAACCGGUCUGAGCUCAAAGUGACAGAAGCUGUGAUGGACAGGAAUACCACAGACACUCCUGAUGAGACCCCGAGCAACCUCUACCCCGGGGAUCUGUAUAAAGUCCUGCUCAUUGUCGGCCUGACUGUCACCGCCUUGGCCCUGCUGCUUCUCUUCAGCUACCUGCUCUUCCUCAUCAUGCACAGGCGAGGAAAAGAGCCAAAACCACAGAGUGGAAAUGCACUGAAGGGAGACAAGACCGUGGUGGUGACUGAGUCCACCGUGGAUUACGGGGUGUUAGAGUUUCAGAGGGACGAGAAGCCGCCGGCCCCCGGGGAGACGGCCCCGCACGACCAGACAGAAUAUGCCACCAUCGUCUUCCCCGAGGAGAAGCCCAUAACCCCGGAGAGGGGGAAGAGAAACCAGCACCAGAGGAACUGCCAGACCCACCUACAGCCCUGCUGAGUGCUCGGGAGUCAGUCCAGAUUUUUACUUCCAUUGCACCAUAUCUCUACAUCCUUUUCAGAGGCUUUUGGACAGCAAGACCUGGUGGUCCUGGCCGCACUAUUUGUACACGUGGUGUGCUAGAAGUGUGCCAGUUCUUGGCAUACCUUCUUCCACUGAGGGUAGUGACUGGGGUAUCAAGGUAUCAUCCAGUUCCUAAACCCCUUCGGCAGAUCACAGACAGUUGUUUGCUGCUAAUGAAAACAUGCAAUUGGACCUGGAUGAAUGGCCUGGGAGGAAGGAGGUUAGAGCCAUGGAUUCCCCAUCCUUGGUUCCUUGCACUGCCUGGCUGCUUGACGGGAUCAUCCGAGGAGGUGGGGAGGGAAAGUAGAGUCAUAUAUCGGAAGUGACCUCAUUCGGGCAGUGGUGUUGGGCUCCAUAAAGAGCCGUGGUCCCCUCUCCUCAUGCAUUAGCUUGGUGAUGGCCAAGCUGGAUCUAAAGGAUGGGGGAAGGUAAUGCAGCGGAGGGUGCAGACAUGAGCCAACCCCUGCCUCAUUCACCAUCUUGCAGGUCCAUGGGCUUGGAGGAGAGCAGAUAAAGCAGCUGAACCCCUUUGGCUAUUCCAGACAGUCCCAGCUCCCCAUACACCUCUGAUGUGCCUCCGUUUGUCCCCACCCAUGGCUCUGACAAUGCCCUUCCAUCCAUCCUAGCCUCCGGUCCCCCCUGCCACCAUAUGCCAUGCCCUGGUUCCUGCUCGUCAGGCCAAACUGCGCACACACUUCCCCCUUUCAAACUCCCCUUUGGGUUUGAACCUACUAAGAAAUCACAAUUUUGGGAGAAACCUGCAAAUGUAUGCUGAUGGGUGCAGUACAAAACCAACUGCAGCACUGAGAUGCUCUCCUGUUCCCCACAGCAAAUCCACCCAGCUGAAAUCAGUCCAGUUAGCGGGAUGCAGCAGGCAGGAGAAGACAGUACUUUCUGUGUACUGUAUCAUGCCGGGGGCUUUUCUGAGCACUGUGUGAAAAGCUCUC